AUGCAGAUAGUCAGACUGGAUAAGCGGUUUAGAAGAAUGAAUUUGUUUGAUGUUGGUGGAUGCAUUGUUGAUGGGAUUGAGUACCUUGAGGAAAUUUUGGAGUCGAGUAUGAAUGCUACUAAAGAAGACGACAAGAUUCUGUAUAUGCCUUUGAUAAUUGGAAAACUAAAGACAGAUGGAUUUACUGAAGAGGACUAUAGAAACCGGGUCUUGGUUGUAUGUGAGAGUUUACUAGAUACUAACUCUGUAAGUAAAUUCUUGGAACGUUUUUUCAAAGGAUUCACAGUAAAGCAAGUUGGAGAAUGGAUGGAAGUGGAAUUUUGCUGUUCUUCUGAUGCAUCAAGAUGUUUAUGCCUUAGUAACAAAGAAAUUGUUUUUUAUAGACCAAAGAGAUACAUUGAACUUCCUAACGAGCCUGAUGUGAAAAUAAACGGAAGCAAAUACUGCCAGGACACGCUUUGUAUAGAAAAUAAGAUUAUUAUUGGGCCAUUAGAUGUGAACCAUGCUGAUCUUAGGGAUGCACUGGACAGGAUUGCACCUCUUAGAAGCUUUAGAGUGUGUGAAAAUCCAAUGUAUUUUACAUUUAGCUUUCUGGAUGAUGAUUUCUGCGAUGCAUUUGUGAGAGUUACAAGCCAUAUUUAUAUGAAUGAUUGUAAAUGCCCACUUAUAUCUAAAAAAGCAUAUGAUGGGUGUGUGUUACUGGACCUUGGAAGAAAUAUCCCAAGAUUUGCACCAAGAAGACUUGCAGGGCGAGUUGCAUUGAGUAAGGAGAGAACACGGAUUGUUAUUCUCCUAAAUGUUAUUUCAUCAUGUGAUGAUGUUACAGAAGAUUUUUUGCAUGAAGUAGAAGAGCAAUGCAAGAAUUGUGGAGACAUACGGAGUGUGGUUAUUCCUGCUUUAAAGCAUGGAUUUAAAAGACAGCCAGGAAGCUCAACGAUUUUCAUUGAGUGUGGAGAUGUUGAAACAUCCGAAAAUGUGUAUAGAGAGUUUGGAGGUCUUAUGUAUGACGAACGAAUAGUUAUUGCAGGAUAUUAUCCUGAGAUGAACUAUGUGGCAGGUGAGUAUGAAUAA